CAACAAAUACCAUCACCUCAAAUGCAACAACAAUCACAGAGAUUUUUAUUAGCACAACAGGCCGCCGCCGCACAACGACAACACAUGUUACAGCAGCAGACAUCACCCCAGCAACAACAACCUAUAUUCAUGCCAAACAUACAAAACCCUGAUCAAAGGCAAACUUUAAUUCAAAUGAUAAAUUCUACUCCCGCUUUAAAGCAACAGCUCCAACAACACAGAGAGCAACAGAUUAGGCGACAGAUUCUAUCAACUAUGCAAUCGGCACCUCAACAAAUCGCCACGAAUAAUUAUAAUCGACCAAACCUUUCCCAACAGAUACAAUCUUCACCCAAACCUGGGCAACAAGGGGGUUUUAGAGUAAACAAUAUACAACAAGUCUUAUCAAGAUUAGGUAUGCCUCCAGAUACACCAAUAACGGAAGAUCUUCUUAAGAAGAUCAAUUAUGUUACAUCUUCACAAUUUCUUAUGGCACGAGCACAACAAGCAGCUGCUCAACAGAGACAAGUUUCAGCGCCUCAAUAUACACAAGUUCCAACAACACAACACACCCCAGUUCAAACUUCCCAACAAGUCCAAGCUCAGCAGGCACAAGCGGCUCAUCAUGCAGCCCAGGUCCAAGCUGCGGCUCACCAUGCUCAAGUACAAGCUGCUCAACAUGCUCAAGUACAAGCUGCUCAACAUGCACAAGUCCAAUCAUCUCCCCAACAUUCUCAGGUUCAAACAUCUCAUCAUGCACAGGUCCAAGCUGUGCAUCAUGCACAAGUUCAAGCAUCACCACGGGCUCAGGUCCAAGCUGUGCACCAUUCCCAAGUUCAAACACCACAACAUUCUCAAAAUGAAGUCUAA